AAUGGCUGAUGUGCGAAACGUUGAGGCUCUGCAGGGAAGACAGUCGUUACAAUUUGUGGAGAAUUGUGUGAAAUCUUCAGCAAGUUCCAGUCGAGAGAAGUGUGAAGAGUGCUUUAGCCUGUAUGACGUCGACAGUGAUGGAUACCUUUCCAGGGAUGAAUUUCUAAACUUGUGUAAAGAUGUUUUUGUGAAGUGUAAUGAGGAUGAGCAGUCCUUGACCACUCUUGUUGAUCACAUGCUAAAACUACUUGAUACAGACCAGGAUGGGAGGUUGAGUAAGGAAGAAUUUAAAAUUUGCUGGUGCUACUGGCUAAAACAGGUUUUAGAGCCUGUGUCAGCUCUGGUGAUAGUGGAUGUACAGAAUGACUUCCUGGAGGGAUCGCUAUCCUUAUCCCAGUGUCCAGCUGGACAGUGUGGCCUGCCCGUCAUACCAGUUAUAAACAAUAUGUUGGACAAUGUCCAGUUUGACGUGGUUGUCUACUCUAAAGAUUGGCAUCCUAAAGAUCACAUAUCAUUUCUGGAAAAUGUCAACAUCCGUCCCCUUCAUCCAUCCUCAAAAGUAAAGUCAGAAGAAGCCAAGCCCUUUGAUACAGUGGUGUUCGACACCUCCCCUCUCACAGAGCAGGUGCUCUGGCCAGCUCACUGCAUACAGGGAUCCUGGGGUGCCGAGCUGCAUAAAAAUCUGAAGGUUGUGGACAAUGGUUAUGUGGUUAACAAAGGGACAUCACCCCAUGUGGAUAGUUACUCAGCUUUCUGGGAUAACAACAAACUGUCACAGACUGAGCUGGUACAGCUGUUGUCCAAACUCCGGGUAACAGACGUCUAUGUCUGCGGGUUGGCCUAUGACAUCUGUGUGGGUUUUACGGCUCGUCACGCCAUCGACCAUGGGUUCCGCACUGUGCUGGUGGAGGACGCCUGCCGAGGUGUGGACUUGGAGAAUAUAGAAAAGACCCGAUUUGAGCUGAGGAAGAAGGGUGCUGUCGUUGUGCAGUCAGAUCAGGUAGGGGACAUGGUUGAUGGAAAGUUGAGAGCAGCCGAGCUGGGUGUACAGGCAGCUGUCAAUGUGAAUGUGGCCUUAAAACUGCUGAAGACUGGGCGAGUCUGAUGGAUCUGCUUACACAGACAGACAGACAGAUAGACAGGCAAAUACAAUAGCCUGUGAGACAUACACUGAUUAACAUAAACUAGUCAUCAGCGUAUUAUUUGUUUAGCACCAUUUCUAUGGCCAGGUACUUCCUUUAUUCGGGCAGUGAGCACAAAUUUCUUAAUUUUGUAUGUCCUGUUUUGUGAUGUACGGAUCAAUAUAAAGCAGACCGUCCUAUCCUGACACAAGGGGUUUUGAGUGCGUUCUGCACACUACAUGUACUUUUUUUAUGGUCAAACUAAAACCAUAAUUGUUAUUCUCUAGAAUUAUAUUUGUAUGCUUGACACUGACAUCUUCCUUGUAAAUGUUAUAAUACAGUAAUUAUGAUAAUAAGGAUUAUUUUAUAUAUUUGAUUGGUUUCAAACUGUCUUGUAACGAGUCACAUAAUGAGCCAAGUGUUCAGAUUGAGGCCCAGUGACCAGACUUCUACAUGUGCUGUGCUUACAUGCCAGAGCUAAAUUUACAAGACAGCUGGAUAAUGUCAGCUGAUAAUUUGAUUAUCAGCUUCUCCAAACCUCCUUAUCGUCCUCUACCAAAAACAGAACUGUUUUAUGUUCAUGGUUUUCGUUACAUGCCGUAGAUGUAUAUAUAUGUUUGUAUGUAUAUGUUAUUGUUUUUUUAAACGUAUACAUUGCAUAUUUUAUGGGGUUCUACAUUUUACGAUGCACUUAUGUAACUACAUAAAUGUUGUCCACUGUUCUUAAUUCACCUCAUUUCGUGACUAGAUUUGUUAUUACUAAUUACUUACUUUGGCUGUGUUAAUUAUUUUGCUUGAUGCAAUAGCUGUAAUGUUUGCAAGUGAAAAGGCUGUGAUAUUGAUUGCCAUUGGUUGAGAAGUAAACUCAAAUGAGUCAGUAAUGGUCUUGUGAGUUACAUGAACGUUAUAUGAAAAACAUGUUUUUACCACAUGUAGAUUUUUGACAUAGACCUGUAUUAAGGGCGCCUGUUACAGUCCAAAAGCAGUGGGUAUAACAGUUUUCACUCACCUAUCAUAAAACAGGAAUAAUUGGAAACAGCACAUGAUUGGUCGAGGUAGGCUGGAAGUCCCAACGUACAAAUUUAUGUCCUUCAAAUAAUUGGUAUCUUUUGAAUUUAACAUUUGUGCCGAUCUGUCGGCAGUAGAUUUCAUUUUACUGUGUUACUUACACUUUCUUAAACUUUUCUCCACAUUUUAAAUGUAUGUUACUUAGCUGAAGUGUUAUUUUAAACCUGAACAAAGGACUCACGGCAACGACUGUUUAAUUUUGAUUUUUAAAGCCGAUUGUUGAAUUUAUGUUAAACAUUCCAUGUGGCCAAACAGCUGAUGAGCUUAGGUUUUGAUAUUUUAGGAUUAUUUUGCUCGUUGUUAGUUUUAUUUUUUUCUCGAGGCUGAGGGCUCUAUUUCAGAAACUUACAUUAAUCAGUUUUCCUUAGUAUCUCAUAAAACAUAUCGCCUUAAGGUAUUUUAACAAUUAUGACUUUAUUUCCAAAAAAAAAAAUUAUCAUACAAUGUUUUCGGAAAGCAAAACCCUUUUUAUGAACCUGACACCUGCAUAUACAAAUGCGUGGGGUUAUACUCUGAACUGGUAAGGAACCAAGGGAAUCUUUACUUCCGCGUUGCGCACAAAACAGCCGUCCAAUUACUUAGUCUGGCGUUUGAGUUGUGUCAGAUAUGUGAAAUAUGAGUUCGCCCUUCUUCAAACAGCAGAGGAAUUAACAAAUAUAAUAAAGACUUACUGUACAGAGCGAAAGGCCAGAGCACAACAGUGUGAUAGUUGGCAAAUGGUCACACGUAACUGGUGAAGUAAGGCCUCUUUGUCAACUUACCUCAUUCAGGGAUGUAUUCUAACUGUUCACGUAAAUGCAUAAAUAGUAGCAAUUUACACGUCCUCUAGACCCAUGGCUUAAGCAGAAUUAGGUAAAAAUUAUAUAUAUGCAGUGAUGUUAAUUGCAAUUUAUUACAAGUCACUGGUCUAGAAUUACUCAAAAUGCUGUGUUGUCAUCACAUGUACAAGAUACAAUCACAUUAAAGAACUCCGCACAUGCAUGCGCUGCAGGACUUUAACACGUGAACGUAGAAUGUCUGUGGGACACGAGGAUGGGGACAUUCUGAUGUGCAUGGAAUGAUGGUGGCCAAAUUCUCCGAACUGCGAAUUUUGCGAGCGUUGUUAGUUUGUUAGUUGUUAGUUUCGCAGUGGGUGUUUUAAGCUAAUGUGCGUUAUCUCAUUGAUGGUUUGUCCAAUGACAAAUGCUAAUAUGUCGUAGGCAAUAUAUUGUAUAUGUGCAUAUAUAGGUAAGCAGUGCAUGUUUUAUGGAAAUCUGUAAGGAAUAAAUCUAACAACUGGCAUCAUUUAUGUUUUCUCUGUAUGAGUAUGUGCACAAAAUGAUAGGAUAUUGUUAAAAAAACACAAUGUUUUCUUGCAUAAUAUACACAUGUACACAGAAGUGCCAAGUAAAAUCUCCACUAUUAC